GUUUCAAGAAAUGGAUUCAAGUAUUGAUUCCCAAGUUAUCUGAACUGAUCCGUACUGAUGAAGAACGUUCUGUUGUGAUGGCUUGCUUAGAAGCAUAUGCAGAGGUUUUGAAGGAGGCAGGAGCACCAGUUUUGGUUCCUCAGGGACAUCUGGAGGCUAUUAUCAACUGUGUCAAGGAUGUUAUGCUGAAGAAGACAAUGUGUCAAGACAUGGCAGAUGAAGCUGGUAGUGAAGAUGAAGGUGAAGCAGAACAUGAUGAAAUGCUGGUGGAAUAUGCUGGUGAAGUUGUACCAAGUCUGGGGAAGGCUAUGCCACAGGCAGAAUUUGCAACACAAUUUGCUCAGUUGCUUCCUCUCUUUGCCAAUAAAACCAAAAAGAGUUGCAGUGUUGCUGAGAGAUCAUUUAGCUUAGGAACAUUAGCAGAAGCAGUAGAAGCUCUAGGCUCAGCCAGUGGACAGUUUGUGCCCCAGUUGCUACCCCUGUUUCAGCAAGGUGCUGCUGAUGAAGAUGAUGAAGUUCGUUCUAAUGCAAUCUAUGGUCUGGGAGUGCUUGGCCAACAUGGUGGUGAAGCCAUAACUGGACAUUACAACAACAUUCUCGCAACCUUGUCUGCAGCUCUUAGUAAAGAGACUUUUCCCAGAGCUUUAGACAAUAUUUGUGGGGCUGUUGCUAGACUUAUUUCAACAAGCCCAAGUAAUGUACCCCUAGAGCAGGUGUUCCCUGUGGUUUUGGGUUGUCUACCUCUGAGGGAGGAUUUUGCUGAGAAUCCAACUGUUUUUGAGUGCUUCCUGGUGCUGUAUCGCAUGCAGCACCCAUUAUUGGCACAGAACCUGGUUCCCAUCUUGAGACUUGCUGCACUGAUCUACACUACAAAGCAAGCUGAUGAUAAGACAAACCAGCUUAUCCAGGAGUUUGUGGCAAGUGUCAAUAGGGAUUUCCCAGAUCAAGUUUCUUCCCUUGCACAAAAUUUGGAACCUGAACUAAAAGCAAGACUAGAGGCUGCAGCUGCUGCAGGUGCCACCCUUGUUGCAUCACCCCCAACUUAAAUGCUGAUGAACACCUCCAACCAUUUUCUCCCUAAUUAUUAAAAUUAAUGCUGUUAGAUUCUAACACAUCUCAGCUGUGUUAGGGUUUAAGAAGAAUUUAGCUAUACUUACCAUGUUCAGUCUAGCUUUUGUGCUUUUGUAUUUGGUAUUGCUUAUAGAAAAGAACUGCAACCCAUGUCAACCAUAUGAGCUUGAAGAGUUGUUUCUACUAUUGGGCAUCAAUCUUACAAAUUUGCAAUGAUUAUAGUAGCUGUUAAUACUCCAGGUAUGUUAAAUAAUGCAUGGGAGAGUGAAAAGCGACACAGUAACCUCUUCAGCAUACACUGGUGUUGGUCCAUACAACUGAGUUUUUUCUUCAUUCAGGAAAAAAAUAGGGAAAUGGAUGGUACACACUUCUGUUUCCCUGGAACAGUGUAAUAAUAUUUGUCCAAACAGAAAUUUAUUUUGGUUCUUUUCUUUUCUUUUCUUUCAUUUUCUUCCUGCCAUGAUGUUUGGACAGCAAGUAUGAUUUUUUAAACUAAUAAUUUAAAGUGUUAUUGAAGUGUGACAGCCUACCAAAUGUCCAAGUAACCAGAUAUUAGAUUAUGAAAUAGUUUGGUGUGACAACACUACUUAAGGUUAAUUUAUAAUGCACAUCACUUAUAUAUAAUAUGUAUGGAUCAAAAUUAAGCAUGUUGAUUUUUGAUCUGCACGAGAAGAAUUGUGUCCAUAGUUGCAGGUGUUUUGAACAGAAUAGUGAAAUAGUAAGAUGUACUUGAAAAGUCUUCUCUUUGUUGUAAAGGGGAAAGUUAUGCAGCUAUGAGGUUGUUGUUUUAUUGUGCAAUUCUAGUUUAGAACUAUAUGUACAACAUUAAUUCAGUAUAGUUUUGCCUGUUGACAGAGUAUUAUAUUUUAUUUUAACUUGAAGAAGCUUCCAUGUUGGUUAAAUUAUCAAAGUUUAGGUAAUGAAGUUAGGUUGCAAGUAUACUGUUCAAAAGUAGAAGCAGUAUAUGGGAUGCAGAAUAAAAUAUUUGUUACAUAUCUUAAAGACUAGUUCUUUAUUUUUGACAGUAGUAAAAUGUUGGAAAACAUUACUUUACAGUAAUGCAUAUUUUGUUAUUUACAGACUCCUGUGGGAGAAUCUUGUCUAAGAUCAAAUUAUUUAGAAUUCAACCAGUGUGUUCAUUCAGGAAGCUGCUUGUGUGGAGGGUAGGGCACUCAAUUUUGGGUGCUGAUAAAUAGUUACAUGUGAUACUUGUGAAGUGCUCUAUUUUUGACAUUCAAAAUAACUUGGUGGCCAGCAUAUAGAUUAAAAGAGAUCUGUCCCAUGUUAAGCUAAGGUUUAAUGUAUACGUCGCUCAUGUGCGUGUAGUUUGUCUUUCAGAAGUUAGAGAAAGUACACUUUCAAGAUUUUUUUAAUAAAUGUCCUGGGAAAACUCUCCUUGUUUUGGAAUGGGUACAAUUUCUACUUUUAUAAUAUAAAUAAUACAUAGUAAGUUAAGGUUAAGAUUAGUCUUGCUCAGACAUUUUUUGGUAUGAUUAUUAUAGCAGAAAGUAAUGGAUGAUUUGAUUGGUAAAAUUAUUGAUUUAAGUAACAGAUUCUUUCGAAAUUAAAAACAGAUGACAAAAUUUGAAUCUUGAAAGUAUAUUUUCAUGAAGACCAUACAAGAAAAAAAAUGUUGCAGCUUUAAUAUCUAAAUUUUGUUCUGCAAAUACUACCCGACAGAGCAAUUAUGGUGACAGAAUGAGUAAUUAGUAGAGUGCUUACAUCUUGACUUCCUUCCAGUAAUAAAAUUUUUAACAGGAGGUUCAGUUGAAAUCUCAAAUCUUGUUGAUAUUUCAGUGGUACGCAUUAUGAUUCUAGUCUCCUGUUUCAAGGACUUGCAAUAUUUGUAAUUUGAUGCAUUUUGUAAUCUGAGAGAGAUAGCAAGUUAUGAGAUUUGGAGUAGUAUAUUCUCAAUGUAUCUUUCCACAUUUGUAUGCUUUUAGUUAGAACAUAUACUAUUUUUGUACAAUGUUAAGUGCCUUGUAUAAGUCUGAUGCAAUGACAUUGUCAGCUUAACUUGGUUUCUUAAGAAGUGGGAUGCUGAUGAAAUAAAUGCCUUGCUGUUU